CGGACCGGCCUGUGCGUCUCUCGGUUAGGAAUCGACCCUGGAGAAGAUGGAAGCGGGGAAGCGGCCGGAGCCCUACUCGGGCCUGUUCGCCGACGGGCACCUGGUCCUGUGGACUCUGUGCUCGGUGUUACUGCCCGUGUUCAUCACCCUCUGGUGCAGCCUUCAGCGGUCGCGCCGGCAGCUGCACCGCAGGGACAUCUUCCGCAAGAGCAAGCACGGGUGGCACGACACGGACCUGUUCAGCCACCCCACCUACUGCUGCGUGUGCGCGCAGCACAUUCUGCAGGGCGCCUUCUGCGACUGCUGCGGGCUGCGCGUGGACGAGGGCUGCCUCAGGAAGGCCGACAAGCGCUUCCAGUGCAAGGAGAUCGUGCUCAAGAGCGACGGCAGGGCCCUGGACGCCAUGCCUCACCACUGGAUCCGGGGCAACGUCCCCCUGUGCAGCUGCUGCGUGGUCUGCACGCAGCAGUGCGGCAGUCAGCCUAAGCUCUGCGAUUACAGGUGCAUUUGGUGUCAAAAAACUGUCCAUGAUGAGUGCAUGAGAAACAGCUUGAAGAAUGAAAAGUGUGAUUUUGGAGAAUUCAGAAACCUCAUCAUUCCACCAAGUUAUUUAACCUCUAUUAAUCAGAUGCGUAAAGACAAAAAGACAGAUUAUGCGAUGCUGGCCUCCAAGCUCGGAAAGCAGUGGACCCCGUUGAUAGUCCUGGCCAACUCUCGUAGUGGGACCAACAUGGGAGAGGGGCUGCUGGGGGAGUUCAGGAUCCUUCUAAACCCCGUCCAGGUUUUUGAUGUAACGAAAACGCCCCCUCUCAAAGCCCUGCAGCUCUGCGCCCUGCUUCCCCACCGCUCGGCCCGAGUGCUGGUUUGCGGCGGGGAUGGGACUGUGGGCUGGGUGCUGGAUGCCGUGGACGACAUGAAGAUCAAGGGGCAAGAAAAGUACAUUCCACAAGUUGCAGUCCUGCCUCUGGGAACAGGCAACGAUCUCUCCAACACGCUGGGCUGGGGUACGAGUUACGCGGGGGAAAUCCCGGUCGCCCAGGUCUUACGGAAUGUGAUGGACGCAGAGGGCAUUAAACUGGACCGAUGGAAAGUUCAAGUAACAAAUAAAGGAUACUACAACCUGAGAAAACCCAAGGAGUUCACAAUGAACAACUAUUUUUCGGUCGGACCUGACGCGCUCAUGGCUCUUAAUUUUCACGCUCAUCGCGAGAAGGCACCAUCUCUGUUUUCUAGCAGAAUUCUUAAUAAGGCUGUUUACUUAUUCUAUGGAACCAAAGAUUGUUUAGUGCAAGAAUGUAAAGACUUGAAUAAAAAAGUUGAGCUAGAGCUGGAUGGUGAGCGAGUAGAGCUGCCUAAUUUGGAAGGUAUUAUAGUUCUGAACAUCGGAUACUGGGGCGGCGGCUGCAGACUAUGGGAAGGGAUGGGAGACGAGACUUACCCCCUAGCCAGGCAUGACGACGGUUUACUGGAGGUGGUUGGAGUAUAUGGGUCUUUCCACUGCGCCCAGAUUCAAGUGAAACUGGCAAACCCUUUUCGAAUAGGACAGGCCCACACAGUGCGGCUGAUUUUGAAGUGCUCGAUGAUGCCAAUGCAGGUGGAUGGGGAGCCGUGGGCCCAAGGGCCCUGCACUGUCACCAUCACUCACAAGACACACGCAUUGAUGCUGUACUUCUCCGGAGAACAGACGGAUGAUGACAUCUCUAGUAACUCGGAUCCAGAGGACCUCAAGGACACCGAGUAGCUGGAUGAGCAGAUGGAAACUUACAGUAGAAUCCUCACAGACAAGUAAAUGCAUACUUGUCCAAAGUAGAAAUUCUCUAUCAACUGUUUAGUCUUCUUGUCGCCAGUAGUACAAACAGCAUUUCUGUAAAUAGCAUUCCAGAAACAGCCACACUUCCAGUUGUUUACUAAUGCCUGUUUUGUUUUUUAAGCAAAACACUUUGAGCGUACAGCCCUCAUUUAAAAAGUCACAGCACUUUACCUGAAGGUGAAGUGUCUUUUUCGUGGCUCUGUGCUUGAGAGAGAGGCUCACUGAAGGGUGCCUCGCCUUCCUUGUCCUUCAACCACACGUUUGAUGGACACAUGCAUCCAACAAGAUGUGGGUGGAAAAAUCACUUCCAUCUUAACUGUUAAUGUGGUGACACCACAACAUUGUAAAAAUUAACUUGCUAUUUUGAAAGGAGGUGGUUGGUUUCCACCCAGCAUGGUUAAUGCUGGGCCCCUCCUACGGGGUGUGCCUCCUAAGAUUUCCUACAGCCCAGCACCAAGUGGAUCCGUAAGCAUUUAUUUCCAAGAAACCCUAAAAAGAGAAAUGUAAAGGAAAGAUGAUACUUAAAGUUUUUAUUAUAAUUUUUAUUUUAGGAGUGUUUUCAGACCAGCAAAUGUUCGGUUAACCCUAGUAAUGACCAUGUUGAGCUGCCGAAAGUCAGCAUCUCAUUAGAACCCAGCAUAGCCAAAGGAGAACCACAUGGGUGAAUUGGUAAAAAUUGACAUUCAGAAUACUUUAGAUUGAAAGUUAUAGUUCCAAGCUGGACAGUUCACCACUUCUUUUUUGAUUAAAAGACAAUGUGAGCAGUUCAAAACAAUGUACUAAAGAAAUUUACUAGUCAUAUUAAUUUCUCAAAAACAGUUUUGGUAAUGAUUGCUAAGUGGUUUUCUUAUAGUAGUCUCUUAUAGCCAAAGUACUUCACAGAAUUUCUCCUCGGGGAAGUGACAGAUGCUCUGCUAAAAUGUUUCUAUCAUAUUUAUUUUAAGAGAGAUAUAUUUUUUUUACUUAUUUAUUUACUUUAUUGUGGUAACCUGUGUUUAGUGUUUACAGUAUAUGACUAUUUAAUAAGUUAAAUUGAUCACAUAAAUUCUAGUCACAAUCAGAUAAAAUGUAGUCUGUUGACUAAGUAAUUAAAACCCAUAAUUUAAUUCUCCUGACAGAUAUGUCAUUUUUCAGAAAUAUUCCUCAAUUUAAAACGGGAGUGGUGGUGAAAGCAAGAGCAGACUACUUUUGGAAAACUGAAUGUUCUAUUUCAUUGUUUUAUUUGACCCUCAAUUGCCAAAAACUUACUGAAGAGCUCGUCUCAUGGUUACCCAGUAGGGGGUGCUCUUCUGUUGUUAACCAACCUGCUCCCUCCAUCCCAGGCUUCAGCAGACCCACUGGGCGUCCAGCCUGGUGUUUUUCUAACAAAUGGCCUGUUUGUGUGCUUGCUGGGCUUUCAUAUCAUUAAUCUCUGAAAGAUUAAAAUGUAUCCCCCAAAACAUCAUUAGCUCUCCUUAAGGAGCUGUUAUGAUUCUAUCACCUAUGAAUUGCGGUAAACUUAAACUUCAGUCUCCUGCAGGCCCAUGAACAACCUAAUGCUAAUUACAGUAGUCAGUAUAUUAUAUAAAAUACUUCCAUUCUGCUGAAAUUAACCUCUUGCAGACCUCAACAGGAAGUGCUAAGUUCCAAUACUGAGAGAGUUUCGGGAGUGGAUCUGUUCCCACCUUCUUCAUACACUACACCUACACAGUGAUGGGAGAAUUUCAUGGAUUUUCUUUCACGGCUGAUCAUGCUUGGAGUAUAAUGAGUUUUAUUCUUUAAUUCAGCGUCAGAAUUGUUACAGAUAUCACCUUUUACAAAUACAGGUGGGCAAA